AUGUCCCCUGAUGCAUUCAAAAUUCCCAAUGGCGCUUUGACACCCAUUGAUGUGCCCAAGACUGCUGAGGCAGUGACAGACAUGUUCAGCAAUUUAAUUUUUCUCCCAACAGUUUCACCCCCCAAAUGGGCUGCUCCUGCUGCUGUCACUACACCCUCCACCAUAGACCCUGCAUUACUCUCCCUUGACACUUAUCCCCCUCCUGAUGUCCCAGCCAAUGAUGUUCCCAUCACUGAGAUGAUUAGGCAUGAUGCAGAUGUCAACUUCCAUUUGAUUCUGACUUUCCACAACACCCUACAAGCCAUCAUCUAUGUGCUGGACUGUUUCCUUGCUGAACAAGUUGUGUCUGAGAAGGUCCUUGGAAAAUGGAAGAGGGAGGACUAG